AAAGAGGCCUGGGCGGGAGGAGGGAGGCUGUGGAGGGAACGCCAGCCCAGAGCGGAGCUCAGCGAAGGAGGCACCCACCGACGGACGGCCGGGCGCAGCGGGGCCGCAGCAGAAGGAGAGGAGCUGAGAGGAGCCGGGAGCCGCUCUCGGGGCACAGAGAAAAGCGGAGCCGGCAGUGUCUCCGGGCCAUUGCACGGAAGGGCGGGCGCCCUCCUCUUGUCCCUGCUCCCGCACCGCGAGCGCUGUGCCCCUCUGACCAGCAUGAGGCUCCUGACCGCUGCCCUGCUCCUGCUGCUUCUGGCUCUGUGCGCCGCGGGAGUGGACGGGUCCAAAUGCAAGUGCUCCCGGAAGGGGCCCAAAAUCCGCUACAGCGACGUGAAGAAGCUGGAGAUGAAGCCAAAGUACCCGCACUGCGAGGAGAAGAUGGUUAUCAUCACCACCAAAAGCGUGUCCAGAUACCGGGGUCAGGAGCACUGCCUGCACCCCAAGCUGCAGAGCACCAAGAGGUUCAUCAAGUGGUACAAUGCCUGGAACGAGAAGCGCAGGGUCUACGAAGAAUAGGGUGAAAAACCCCAGAUGGGAAAGCAUCAUACCCGUUGGGAGACAGCAAAGGACUAUGCAGAGUAAACACACAAAAAACCUUCCUUUCUCACAGGCAUUAAGACACAAAUUAUAUAUUGUUACAAAGCACUUUUUACCAAGGGUCACUUUUUACAUUUUAUAGUUGUGUGCAAAAGGCUUCCAGAUGUGAGACCCAUCUCUCUUGCACUCCAGAUUUCAUCACAGGCUGCUUUUUACUGAAAAGCUGGAAACUCAUGCCUUUCCUUUGUAAAAAAUGCUUUUUUGUAUUUGUCCAGACAUUACUAUACAUCCGAGCUUUAUAAGCACCUAGGAGGAACAGGGAGCUUGGUUGAGACAUUUCAUAGCAGCACUGAUCCAUUCCUAGAGCAGGAAGCUUCCGCCCAGAGGUCCUGGCACCUCGGCACAGCUGCCACGCUCUUCUGGGUCAGUCACAGCCUCAGGGGGACUCCGCAGUGGCCUCAGUCACUGGGCAAGUGAGAGCAGAUCUCUUUGUGUCUGUUCUUUUAUGAACUCGAGUUUGACUGCUUCGUCCCCCUGGUUAAUUUUUACACACUCUAGGAAACAUUUCCAAGAUCCUGGGAUGUCAAAGCAAACGGUACUUAAGGAAUGGUUUGGAUCUUCUCUUCAACUCAAGGGUUUGUGAAAGUUCACUCCUUCAAUAGUCAAUGCUUCAGAAGCACAUGAAGUUCCUAACAUUGUUAGCAAAACCCUUAGGAGCAAACUUAAAAAUAUACAAAUACACACAGAGUAUAGAGCUACGGAUACAUUCUAUUGAUGAGGGAGAACCUUCAGAGCAUCUUUCUUUCCCUCACUACAAUGGAGCAUGUAGUACUAAAGCAAUCCCCGCGUAAUUCUUCAAUGUUAAAUAGUGCAGCCCUCUUUUGAAAGCUAAGAUGACUAUGGCCCUUUCCUUUGUAAAUAUCUCUUAAGAAUGCCCCUGCACACACUGCCUCUUCAGCGUAUGCCGCAUUGUACUGUUGUUGUAUGCUAUGUAAAUGUCAGAAGCCAUUAGCACUGCAUGCAGGGUUCAUAUUCUUUCUAAGACAAAAAGAAACUUAAUAAAAUAUAUUUGAAAUGCACCAAAA